GGCCAUUCUUGUUCUAAUUCUGAUUAUCUGGCUGUAUGGUGACAGAGAAAGGCUGUUGUUCUGUGGCAUCAGCUCUGAGAUCAAAUAUCUCACGCCUGAAAGAGCUGGAUCUGAGCUACAAUCACCCAGGAGAAUCAGGAUUCAAGCUGCUCUCUGAAAGACUCAAUGAUCCAAACUGCACACUGGACAAACUUAAUGUGGAUCAUGGAGGAGAGUUCAGGAUUACAGCAGGACCACGCAAAUAUGUCUGUGAUCUCACACUGGAUUCAAACACAGCACACACUGAACUCAUUCUGUCUGAGGGGAACAGGAAGGUGACACGUGUGAGAGAGCGUCAGUCAUAUCCUGAUCAUCCAGAGAGAUUUGAUGUGUGUCGUCAGGUUCUGUGUAGAGAGAGUCUGACUGGACGCUGUUACUGGGAGACUCAAUGGAGUGGAGUUGGUGCUGGUAUAUCAGUGUCAUAUAAAGAAAUCAGCAGGAAAGGAGAGAGUCGUGACUGUCUGUUUGGAUUCAAUAUAAACUCCUGGAGUCUGAGGUGCUCUAAUAACAGAUUCACUGUCUAUCACAAUAAAAACAGAACUGACAUACGUCCCCCUUCACACGACUGUAAGAGAGUAGGAGUGUAUGUGGACUGUCCGGCCGGCACUCUGUCCUUCUACAGCGUCUCUGACACACACACACUCACACACUUACACACACUCAUCACCACAUUCACUCGACCCCUCUAUGCUGGAUUUUAUCUUUAUCCUGAUUCCUCAGUGUGUGUGUGUGAAAUGGAUCAUCAGAGACACACACACACAACUGGAUGAGUGAAAUAUACUCACUGUAUCUCACAUCAACACAACUCCAAACUCUUUCUAGAAAUCAUUUCAUCAAUUUAACUGAUUGAAUUCAAUACAAUGACAGUACUUUGUGUCUCACUGUGAUGUGAUUGAACUUAUUUACUAUCAGAAAGUUCUGGCCACCAUUCACUUGCAUUGUAUGGACCCACAGAGCUGAAAUAUUCUUCUGAAACACACACAACUGGGAUGGCAUGAGGGUGAGUAAAUGAUGAAUGAUUUCAGUUUUUGGGUGAACUGUCCCUUUAAACUCUCCAGAGGAUUCUGUGCAACUGGAUCAAGUUUUUAUUGCAGUUGCAAUAUUCAGUUCAAGUUAUAUUUGCACACAUCUCAUUUAGAAGAGAACAAGUGGACAGUCCUCCAUAUAAAAGCAGAAAUAAGUAUUGUGUGCUGUAGGCAGGACUGGAAUAGACGUCUGUCCAGGUUGACACAGGUUAUCUGUAAGUUUUCUGUCUUCAACUGGAGUCACAGAAAAACAGAAGAUCUGCAAUAAAAACACAAUGAAAUUCAAACAUUUCUAUACGAGCCUCUACAGGAUCAAAUCUGAUCUGCUCACAGAAGUAUUCCCAAUACUGUAACAACUCUUAUGAUGCCUUUAAAAGCCCAUAAAACUUUUAGUAUCCUGGAUGAUGCAUCAUUUGAGAGGAGCAGUGAGGAAGAAAACAAAUGUAAUAUUUGGGGUGUAACGUGUGAGAAAAUAGAAAUAAAUGAAUCGCCAAAAGUCCUCAAAGUAAUCAGCUGGACUCCAGACGAUUAAGUCAUGAUUUGUGAAGUUCAUCUAUAACUUUGUCGUCUAUUGAAUGACGUUGGUUUCGUGCCUCUAUCUCCUUUAACACAAAAGCUGUUUUUGAGCUGUACUUUUGUAAUGCUAUCAAGACUCUCUAUGCUGGACUGAAAUUAGGACAUGGUGCAACACAGAGAUUUGUUUUAGAAAGAGGAAUUCGGCAAGGCUGCCCAGUCUCGGUAUAUCUCUUUCUUACUGUAGCUCUUUUGUCAUGUUAUUAAGGGUAGUAAGUUAGAAGGAAAUCAUGAGAUAUGUGAAAUGUUUCAAUCAGGCUUCAGGAGACACCAGCACUUUUUAAGGUGUUAAAUGAUGUACUGUUGACUCGAGUCAUUGUUCAAUGCUUGUGCUCCUCGAUCUAGUGCUGCCUUUGACACAAUUGACCACAUUGUUCUGCUCUCGUGUUUAAGACAUUGUGUAUCCAAGCUAAUGCUUUGAAGUGGUUCCAGUCCUAUUUUAAGAACAGAAGAUUCUUAGUGAAUAUUUCUGAAUUCUCAUCUAGUGUCGCCCCAUUUACUUGUGGUGUUCCACAGGGCUCUAUCCUGGGCCCGAUUUUAUUUCCACUUUACAUGCUCCCAUUAGGCGGUUUUUAAGAAAUAUGACAAUUCCUUCCACUGUUAUGCAGACGAUACUCAAAUCUAUCUUCAGCUAAAACAAAACACAAACUGCUUAGACACUUCCCUAACCUGUCUAUCUGAUCUAAAGGCCUGUCUAUCUCAUCUAAAGGCCUGUCUGUCUGAUCCAAAGGCCUCUCUAUCUGAUCUAAAGGCCUGUCUGUCUGAUCCAAAGGCCUGUCUAUCUGCUCUAAAGGCCUGUCUAUCUGCUCUAAAGGCCUGUCUAUCUGAUCUAAAGGCCUGUCUGUCUGAUCUAAAGGCCUGUCUGUCUGAUCUAAAGGCCUGUCUGUCUGAUCUAAAGGAUUGGCUUAAACUUUCUAAAUUUAAAUGAAAGUAAGACUGAGUUCAUAGUAUUUGGCCCUUCUGAGUCCGAACAAACUUCUAACAUUGAUUUUAGGCUUCUAUCUCAAUAUGUAAAAAACAUGGCAGUCUAUGUGGAUAGUGUAAUGAGUGUCUAUUAGUAAUGGGUGAUGAGUUAGUCCAGCAGGUGGCAGUAAUGGAUUGUAUAAAGGUGCAUUUGCUGGUAAUUUGUAUAUGAUGUGUGUUCCUCGUGGAAUAAUGACACCAGUACCAGUAAUCCUUUUCUCUUUAUUUGUUGUCUACUGAACAAUACAGAUAGUGCCCUGAAAUUUGACAAACAAGUCAGCUCUGUGGUCAAAUCCAUCUUUCCCAUCUAAGAUCGCGAGCAAAGGCGAAGACCUUCCUGUCUUUUAAGAACUUUGAGAGGACUAUCCAUGCUUUUAUCACGUCUCGACUCGAUUAUUGUAACUCACUUUGAUUUUAAAUGAUCAUUUCUUCUGAAAUUAAUGUUGUCAGCAUUUGGAAGUACAUCAGCACAUUGAUGACAUUAAAGGGAAUAAAUAUAGACUAAAAGCACCAAAACUUGAACUAGAUUUGACAGAGAAAAUAAACUGCUGUGAAUAAAUGAAAAUCAGACUGAUCAUGAUGAGAGUGAUCUCACUCCUCUAACUGUUCAAUUUAUGAAGAUAUUUGCAUUAUAAAAUAAAGAGUUGUAAAGUUAAAACGAUGAAUUACAGAGAGGAGGAUGAUAUCAACUGAAGAACAUGAGACAUCAUUUCCAUUUGUACUACAAAGAUUUAUAGUUCAAGUUGAAAUGACAAAGCAAGAAUUGUGUGCUGAAAUCACACUAGCUGGUGUAUAUAUUUACUUGUGUACAUUCAUUUACAGCUUGAAAUCUUUCGAGCUGUCUCUGUUCAGUAUUAUUAACACACACACACAAAAGGUUUCUUACCACACUUGAUUUGGAGUGCACAUACUGAGUAAAACAGUAUAAUAAUAAUAAUGGAGAUCAUCUCUCUGUCCAGUUGUGAGUAAAUAAUCCACUGAAGAUGAUUCAUGAUACUGUUACAGAAACAUCUCGAUCAUGUUUUCUCGUGGAGAAAUGCUUCAAUACAGUCGCAGCAGACGCGUCUCAAAUGUUUCCAUUUCACUCAAUGAAGUUCCGUCUUCAUAUUUCAUAAAUGUAAUAUAUGACAUAUAUGUCCCUAUAUCGCAAGUGACGCGUCAUAUAUGCUAAAUAUAAGACAAUAUAUCACAUAUAUACAUAUCUCCAGAUAUAUGUUGAUACAAGUUUAUAACAUAUAGAAAUUGUCCGUGUUAAAUGAGUAUAUUGACA